AUGUCUGGCCAGGACGCUGAGGACUUUGGAGGAGAAAACCUCUCAGACAAGUCUCGGAUGAUUGCUACCCUCCCGCCAUAUGACAUGGAUGACCAGCUCCUUCCCAGGGAGCCACGGAGUGCCUGGUGCUGCUUGGCAUGGACCCUGGUGGUAGUCACCAUGAACUCCCUGGUCUUUUUAAUGAAUUUGAUCCUGAUGUUCGUUAUCUUCACCAUUGUGCUACUUCCUACCAUUGUGGUGGUUUACUUUGGCUUCCAGUGCCACUCUCGGGUGCUGCACUCAGCUGCCCGCUACUGCAAAAGCAUGUUGGAUGACAACAGCUCUUCUGCCCUCAUUAUCCUUGGCUUCGUCAUCAUGUCCCCUCUCAUUGUGGUGGCCAUGGCUAUCUACUGCAGCCUGGCAAGGCGUCUCCGUCUCUUCAUGUGCUUCCAGCCAUACAGCAGGGCCGUGUACAAGGGGGUGAAGUGGCGCUGGUACGAGGAGGGAGGCCUGUGCAGGUGUGCCAAGGGCUGGAACACUCAAGUCAAGGCCUGGGUAUGA